ACAGCAGUAUCAGUAGAAAUGGCCAGAGUCAUAGAGUUUUGAAAGUCUGAACCCGCACCUUCGCUGCGAUGUCUUACUGCCAGCCACCCCUCUGAGAGGCAGUGAAUGGAGCUUUCCAGCUAAAGUGGGUGGGGUUGGGGAAGCGAAGGCUGAAGCUGAGAAUCCACGCUAAUUCUGCAAUGAUUCAGCCAGCAGUUAGUUUUCAGGAGAGCGUGUCACAGGAGCGCAGUCUGCCUUUAACAUAAUGCUGGCUGGAGAGAGGGUGUCAAGAAGAGGAUUCCUAUCAGAAAUAUCCAGCGAUGCUCCCUGUCAGAACCUGAUUUGUGGGGAGGACGUGUGGAGCUGAGGGAAAGUUUGGUGAAGUGUUCCAGUUGAGAGUGAAGUGCCUUAAUGGAAGCUUUUGAUCCCAUCUCUUGCUGAUUAAUUUUUUUUUACAACAAAAGAUCCAUUGAGGAGAAUGAGUGUUUUUAAUCACACCAGAACAAAACUUCAUGUCAUCUGCUUCCAGUGACCCUGGGAAUGGCAACGCUGGCCUGAAUGCUGCUGCUGGGUUCACCUCUGGGCUCCUUGUGUCCCGACAGGUGCAGAAUGAAGCCAGUCACUCCGGUCGGUUCUCCAUCGCCCCUCAGACUGUUGAACAAAGGCCCAGAGUAUCUCCGCAAGCAAAUAGAAAGCGACAACAGGAGCCGGGCGCUGAGCGCUGUUGAGAGGCUUGAAGCGGACAAGCCCAAGUACGUUAAAAGCCAGCAAGCAAUGACCGCUAAGCAAGAGGCCGGAGGUAGUCCUUGUGCAUCGCCAUCAUUUGGUGGGAACCGGGUCAGGCCUUGCGAAGCCAGAGUUCCAUGCCAAGAACUUAAUUCCAGGAAAGAAAAUACCAACAUGGAGGAGCUUAAUAACGCCAGGAAUAUCUUGCUGGACAAGCCUUCCCAUGAUACGGUAGUUACCAGGAGGACCGUCUCCAAAAGAGUCAUGAGGCCCGACUCCUUGGUCAUCUAUAGGCAGAAACGGGAUUGCAAGAUAGGGAGCACUGAGACCUCCAGGGGUUACAACUUCAUUCGGCGACUGUUCCAGGGGUCAAUGAGAGACAAGCAGAUGGUCUCUCUGGAAACGCAGAAGGUCAUCCUGAAGGGGGAUGCCAGGUCCUUCCCUGAAGGAAACCCCCACACAUGUCAAUUAACCAUCAGUGAUGAAGCACAAACUGAGAAUCAUUGUGUCGGUCUCGUUUCCCAGAAAGAAGUGACAAGCUGCCCUACGUCACCCACCUGCAUUACCAAGACUGAGAACUUGCCAAGCGAGGCCCCUAAAGCUAAUGGGCAAGUAGUCUUGAGAAACAGGACUUUACAACGCUCAAAUUCUGACCUCCCUCUGCGUAACUCUGUUGCUUUGUCAGAAAAGGACCGUUUUUUCAAUUACUGUGGCCUUGACCUGGAUGUGGUGGACUGCCUUGGGAUGUCAAAGUUCUCUCCUGCCAACUCGGACUCCACCUUGCUCAGAGUUCAGAACACUGGCUUGGCUGACAGUGAAGGCAGUGAAUUUUCUGGCUGGAGUCGAGACGGAGAAGGCCUUUAUGAGGAAGAAAUUCACGAGCAAAUCUCUUCGGGGAUUUCUGUCAUUGAGAGGAACGCACGGGUCAUCAAGUGGCUAUAUAGCUGCAAGAAGGCCAAAGAGGGACCAAAGGAGUCAACUGUGUAGAGAAGAGAUGCUUUAAAUUGCGUAGAUACUGUUGUCCUGCAUUACAAUCUGGGUUAUCAGAAGGGAAUUGGAGCGGAUUGAAUCUUCAAGUAUUUAAAAGCUUUAUUUUCAUUAUUUAACUUUAAAGACUACUUUUCAGUUUUGGCAUGAAUGUUUUAUUUGAAGACAUUAAGCAAAUGGUGGUUGUUUCGUGCAGCAUUUAAAUAUGAUCAACCCAGGUUAGAUGGGGAUUGUAUUACAUUGUGCCUUGUUUAUUCUCUCAUUUGAAAUUAAAAAUCAUUUUGUUGUUCAUUUUAAUGUACCCAAACUAGUAACAAGCACAACCAAAUCCAGCACAGCUCAGAUUAGAAACAUUUUCCUUUACAAUUAUCAAAGCUGUUUUAUAUGAUGUCUCAAAGUAUUUUCGUAGCGGAUUUAAUUUUUGUUUUGAGUAUGCAUUAAGUCCUCGUUAUCCAGAAACUUCCUAUCCGCGAAGUCGUGAGGUCAGCCUUGUGUGGAAGUGGGCAGCCCCUGCCAAUGGGGGCAGCAGGGAGGGGGUGUUAUUAUUCGCAAAUAAUCUGUGUCACAAGUUUCCACAACACAAAUCUGCAUUAUAUGCACAUACUUCCAGAAGCACAAGUGGGGUUAAAAUGGUCUUGUUGUGUACACUUUUCCACGAGUUCUGUGACGGUGAAUUUUAUUGUAUGUUUGAUUUUUUUUGGUGGUGAUUUGCAUUUUGUAAAGGUGAAUUUCUGCUGCCUGAACUGCCAAAUGUGGAGGUCACGUGGGCAGUGGCGUUAGUAUGAGCCCAAUCCCUUUGGUUUCCAGUGAUUCUAUUCAAUUUCAUAUGCUGGUAAAUCAUGAGAUAUAAAUAAUCGGAGUGAGCUGGGGCUGGGGACUGGAAGAGGUGUAGAUAAGUUUCGGGCUGGAACUAGGUCCAGUGGCAUCCUGGUAUGCAGCUAGAUCUAGGAUUAGGAUCCUGGUCAUGAAUCUGAGUAGAACUGGAAUGAGAGUCAGAGUCAGAGUCCAGAAUGCUUGUUAAGCUGAACUUUACACUGAAGUGAUACCCAUUGGGGGGCUGGGUGCGCUGACUGUUUAUAUAUCAUUGGCAAUAAUCUGAGUGGUGUUAAUUUGAUACCUGCAAGGGAGUCCACACCCCAAUCCCUCAUGAAUAACGAGGACUUGGUGUAGUCACUUCUGUAUUACAGGAAACCUGGUGGCCAAUUGCACAAAGCAAGCUCCCUCAAACAGCAGUAAAAUGAUGUUCUUAAUGACUGGGAGCAAAUAUUAAUCAGCCCACUAUGGGGCAAAUAUUAAUCAGCCCCUGCUUUUCUAAUGAAUAACACCUUGGGACCUUUGCCAUUGAUCUGGAGGUGAGCCUGGGAUUAAGGUUACAGGAUGGACAGGGUCUCUAAAGUAUGUUCAAGUAUCUGAAUUCCAGGAUAUUUUGAAGCAACCUCCUGAGUAGAGAUGAAAACUUUGUUCACUGAGUUAUAGCAGACACCCAAUGCAAAGCAAAACUUAGAGGUGGAAUAAGAUUACAUAGGUCUACACAUUCCCAACAUUGUACCUUGGUACUACCUCAAAAACAUCCUUGAAUGUUACGAGGUGACAUUUCAUUCAUUGGCUGUUGGUUGGAUUAAGCCCCCCAAAUGGACCAUAGGAAGAAGCAUCUUCUAGGAUGGAUAGGAACCCGGUCCCAGCAGCUACGAAGACCUUUAAGCAAAAACUUACUUGUAAUCUCAUUCUGUUAUGUUAUGCAAAUAGAAGUGAUCCUGGGACCAACACAAAGUGGCUGUGCUGGGCACAGCUUGGACUGUGGCUUUUCAACAUUAAUCAUUUUUCAGUGGAAUCCAGAUGAAGGGAAUCCUA